AUGAGCCCUGCCCCUUUGGGUUUGCGUUGGAACGAAGUGUGUCCUGUACCUUCUUUCGGGCCAAGUGAGUGGUUUGUAGCGCCCCCUUCAACGGUCCCUCACAAGUGCUGCCCCGUUCCCACCGCACACUCUAACAGCGGUCCUCUCCCGGAACCGGUCCCGGAAGCCCCAGCCAACGCCGGUUCCACGGGGGGGGGAAGCCCAACAGGGAGUGCGCGCUGGCGAGCGGGUGCACAAAAGCAGAUCACAGACCAGAAGAGCAUAGACCAGAAGAGCAGAGACCAGAAGAGGAGAGACCAGAAGAGCAGAGACCAGAAGAGCAGAGACCAGAAGAGCAUAGACCAGAAGAGCAGAGACCAGAAGAGCAGAGACCAGAAUAGCAUAGACCAGAAGAGCAGAGACCAGAAGAGGAGAGACCAGAAGAGCAGAGACCAGAAGAGCAGAUACCAGAAGAGCAGAGACCAGAAGAGCAGAUACCAGAAGAGCAGAGACCAGAAGAGCAGAUACCAGAAGAGCAGAGACCAGAAGAGCGGAAACCAGAAGAGCAGAGACAUGAUCACGCAGGUGUCCCCCGGACAACGUGGGCACAGCAUGGGCUGA